AAAACAAACGAACAGAUGAGCAAAUUGCGCCGGCAAUGGCAGCUGCUAAUGCUGCUUAUUGCCAUUCACCUGGCACACGCAGACACAACAACAACAGCGAGAGAAGAGUCCGAUCCGGACUCCGAGACUGGUCAGUUCUUUACUCGACUGUAUAAGCGUAAUCUGAGGCAAAUGAUGGAAUUGAGAAAUGCCAGCGCGGAGCCCUGUGCUGAUUUCUAUGCACAUGCCUGUGGCAAUUUUAGCCAGUUGGCAAAGGCCGAGGAUCAAGAUGAGGCACUGCCUCCAUUUUUGUACAACAUGCAGGAUCGCAUGCAAUUCUUUCAGACACAACACGGCAACUUUGAAACGUUGCCCGGUAAAUUAUUGGCACAGCUGUAUAGUGAGUGUAAAAUGAGGAGCAGGUCCCAGCAUGUGGGCAGUCUCCACCAGAUAUCAGCGACGCACUGGGAGCGCAUGUUGGAACAGUUGCCAUUUUUGACUGUCCAUGAGGAAGUGCUCUCGUCGUGGCCCUUUCUGCGUCAUCAAUGGCAACGCAGGCAGUUGGAUGAGCAACUCAAUUGGAUUCAAUUGGCGGCACAGUUGGCGGCACACGGACUGCCCACCUUGUUGCACAUUUACUUUGCCGAGCAGACCAUCUACCUGGCGCCUAUGCAGGAGCUGCCCUGUCCCAGUUUGCGCGGCUUUAAGUUGAGCAUGUCCGAAGUGCUAACGGAUCGUCAUCCGCAGGUGGCUCACAUUGUGGCGCACGAGAUGCGCGUCCUAUGCCGUGGAAUGCGCGGAGAGCUGCCAUUGACCAACAGUUUGACCAGACGCAACCAGAGCACACCAUCGCCCGGGCAGGAACAGUUGCAACUGGAUGAUAACACAAUGGACUAUCUGCAGAACUUCUUUGGGCUGCUCAACUUUACGGAGCGGCAGCUGGCUGGGGCACGUAAACUGCCACUGAAUGUGGAGCGUAUAACACAGGCGUGGCAAGUGUUGCGCCAAACGGAGCCACGCAUUGUGUACAAUUAUGUGAUGUGGCAAGCCCGGCAGCACCUAGAAUACGAAGAUUGCUAUCAGCUGGCGACCGAAUUUGAGCGUCUGCUCCACGCCGAGUACUGGCAGUGGCAUGUGCUUGCACCUCAAUUGAGACGCGAUGUCGCCAUGGCUAUGUAUCAGUUGCACACCACACGCUUCCAGCAGCGACGACGCACCACGCUGAACCGCCGAGACUGGUAUGGACUGCUAUUGCCCGGCUCUGUGGAGCAUCCGGAGUUGCAGGUUGCACGACUGCUGCAGGCCCACGCCCAACACUAUCUGAAUAUUACUGAGCUAACCAUGCAGUAUAACCAGGUGCAGUUCAGGCCGGGCAGCUUCUAUGGCAACCUGUUGCAGCUGCGACGUGUGCAACUGCGUCACAGCUUCGAGUCGCCCUAUGUGGACGAGGACGAUGUGAAUCAGUCCGCAUAUUUUCUGCGAAAAUUUUUGCACUUUGUGCUGCUGUCGCUGCAUCGACCGAUGUAUCAUUAUUAUGCAACAGAGGGACUGCAGCUGUGGCAUCAGUCACGUCUGCUGCAGGACACCGAUGGCUAUUAUACAGCCUUGGAUUGCUUGGAGCGGCAAACUCAGCAGCUUUAUGAUGCGGAAGUGGCGCCCAUCUAUCGGCCGCUGAGCAGCCAUGAGGUGGCCAAUGUGUUUCACUUCUAUCGCUCGUUCCAGGCCUCUCUGCGGGAUUAUAAAUUCUGGCUGCACGGAGAGCGUUUCGUCUUUGCCGAGCAGUUUGUGCUCCAAUACUUUGGAUUGGAUGAGCACCGUGUGCUCUUCUAUGCGGUGGCCCAACAGUUGUGCAAUCGCCAGGACGAAAUUCUUGCGGCACAGAUCAAUCGCGGCUAUAUGAACCUGCCCGAGUUCCAGGCUGCCUUUAAGUGUGAUCCGGAUGCUUUUAUGAAUCCACCAGCAAAGUGCAUGUUGAACAGAUGCGAGUAAAAAAUUUGCUAUAUUAGAGUGGUGAAGUUUAAAUACUCUUUAAUGAGUAUUUUAAAAGUUUCAAAAUUUUUAAUGUUAUUCAAUAAUUUGAUGUAGUAGUGUAUAAUGUAAGAUAG